AUGGAGGCCAGUGGAUCCACGCGCCCCGCCGUCCUCCUCGUCUUGCUCUUCUCACUGCUGAUGAGCCUGGCGGCGGCUACUGAGGUUUCCGGGAAGGCGGCGGCGGCGUACGUGGUGUACCUCGGCGACCACUCGCGGCGCGACGGCGUGUUGUCGCCGGAGGAGGCGUCCCGGAGGGCCGCCGACGCGCACCGCGACCUCCUCGGCGCCGUCCUGGGGGACAGGGAGAAGGCGCGCGAGGCCAUCUUCUACUCGUACACCAAGCACAUCAACGGCUUCGCCGCCACCCUCGAGCCCGGCGACGCCGCCGAGAUCGCGAAGUACCCCGGCGUGGUGUCGGUGUUCCCGAACAGGGGCCGAAAGCUGCAGACGACGAGGUCGUGGCAGUUCAUGAGGCUCGAGAGGAACGGCGACGUCCCGCCGUGGUCUGCCUGGGAGACGGCCAGGUACGGCGAGGACACCAUCAUCGGGAACCUCGACUCAGGCGUGUGGCCGGAGUCCAAGAGCUUCGGCGAGGGCGAAAUGGGGCCGAUCCCGGACGACUGGAAGGGCAUCUGCCAGAACGAGCACGACGCCACCUUCCAUUGCAACAGCAAGCUCAUCGGCGCGCGCUACUUCAACAAGGGCUACGAGGCGGCCGCCGGCAAGCCCGUCGACGACGCGCUCAAGACGCCGCGCGACGAGAAUGGGCACGGGACGCACACGCUGUCCACGGCGGGGGGCGCCGCGGUGCGCGGCGCGGCCGCGUUCGGGUACGGCGGCGGCACGGCGCGCGGCGGCGCCCCGCGCGCGCGCGUCGCGGCCUACCGCGUCUGCUUCCGCCCCAUCAACGGCAGCGAGUGCUUCGACGCCGACGUGCUCGCGGGCUUCGAGGCCGCCAUCGCCGACGGCGUGCACGUCAUCUCGGCCUCCGUCGGCGGCGACGCCACCGACUACCUCGACGACGCCGUCGCCAUCGGGUCGCUCCACGCCGUCAAGGCCGGCGUCACCGUCGUCUGCUCCGCCAGCAACUCCGGCCCGGACCCCGGCACCGUCACCAACGUCGCACCGUGGAUCCUCACCGUCGCCGCGAGCUCCACCGACAGGGAGUUCCCGGCCUUCGCCGUCUUUAACCGCACGCGGAUCCAGGGCCGGAGCCUCUCGGAGAGGUGGCUGCACGGGAGAGGCUUCUACGUCAUUAUCAACGGCGCAGAAGCCACAGCUCCUGGCAGCACGCAGAAAGAUGCCCAGGCGUGCUUGCUGGGUUCACUGGACCCGGAGAAGGCGAGGGGGAAGAUCGUGGUGUGCGUGAGAGGGGCCAUCACGAGGGUGGAGAAGGGCGAGGCCGUGCGCCGCGCCGGCGGCGCCGCCAUGAUCCUCGUCAACGACGAGGUCUCCGGGAACGACCUCCACGCCGACCCGCACGUGCUCCCGGCGGUGCACAUCUCGUACGACGACGGGCUCAUUCUCUCGGACUACAUCAAGAACAGCAAUGUCCCGUCCGGCUUCGUCAUCAAGGGGAAGACGAUCCUCGGCAUCAGGCCGGCGCCGGUCAUGGCUGAUUUCUCAUCUCAGGGGCCGAACACGGUGAACCCCGAGAUCCUCAAGCCGGACAUCACGGCGCCGGGGAUGAGCGUGAUCGCCGCAUGGACCGGCGCGGCGGCGCCCACGGACCGGCCGUACGACCUUCGCCGCGUGGCGUUCAACGUCCUGUCCGGCACGUCCAUGUCGUGCCCGCACGUGUCCGGCAUCGCCGGCCUGAUCAAGACCCUGCACCGGGACUGGAGCCCCGCCGCGAUCAAGUCGGCGAUCAUGACGAGCGCCUCGGACCUGGACGCCGAACGGAAUCCGAUCAUGAACUCGUCCCACGCGGCGGCGACGCCGUUCAGCUACGGCGCCGGGCACGUCUUCCCGAACCGGGCGCUGGACCCGGGGCUCGUCUACGACAUGUCCAUCGUCGACUACCUAGACUUCCUCUGCGCGCUCGGGUACAACGCGACGGCCAUGAGGACCUUCAACAGUGGGUCGUUCGUGUGCCCCACCGCCGCCAUGAGGCUCCAGGACCUCAACUACCCGUCUAUCACCGCGCACGGCCUCCACGCCGGUACCACCGCGAUUGUGCGGCGCAGGGUCAGGAACGUCGGCCUGCCGGGGACGUACACGGCCACCGUCGUCAAGGAGCCAGAAGGAGUGCACGUGGUGGUGACGCCGGCGAUGCUGGUAUUCAGGGAAGCCGGCGAGGAGAAGGAGUUCGACGUGACAUUCACGAUCAGUAACCCUGCCCCGGUCACGGGCUACACGUUUGGCGCCAUGGUUUGGUCUGAUGGGAGCCAUCAGGUGAGAAGUCCACUGGUUGUGAAGAUCAUGGGGAACGAAUGA